CCCGGUCCGGGCGGAAUGUUUGUUCUGGGUGUCCGCGGGGGACCCGGAAGACAGAGCGGGGCGGACCAGACCAUUUCCGGUCCAAGCGGAGAGGGUUCACGUCAACAGGGGAUGAGCGGCCUCCCCCUGCUUCGUGCUGUAUGGCGAAGUGCAGUAAUUGGAGUUGGUGCUUCCAAGCCAAAUGGCCUCACCUCCUGCAAUGGGCUGCGACACACUUUACUCAGACCAGGACUGCCAUACCGGGCCAUUCACAUCACACCAAACUUUUCCAAUGUUAAAAGUCCAGCUGAGCCUGUGGAGGAAGAACUGAGUCCCUUUACCAAACUGAUAGAAGCCAUGGGAUUCACAGGGCCUCUGAAGUACAGCAAAUGGAAAAUUAAGAUUGCUGGUCUGCGGAUGUAUACCUGCUGUGUGGAGAGGAUCGAUUAUGACGACUUGUUUGAAAGAUGCAAUUUGUCAGACACACUGAACUCCUGGUUUCUAGUCGCCCAGCUUCAUGUCUGGAUGGCCCUGGUGCGAAUGAAGCAGGAAGGGCGAGAGGGAAAGUAUAUGUGCAAGUACAUUGUGCACUCGAUGUGGGAGGACUUGGAGCAACGGGGAAAAGUAAUGGGGGUGCUGCCAGAUCUGCUAGUUUCUCCAGCUUUUUCUGUUCCUGUUUCAGAUUUCCAGCAUCCGCAGAACUAGCUGAGGCCUUCGUUCCCUUUGCACCGUCUCCCCAUUUCAGGAUUGUCGGCAGUCGUUCAUGACGGUUUAGGACAAAACAUUAUGUUUGUGCACUGUCAGACUAGGAUCCAAGAUCACAGCAUCAGAGUGAAGGGAUAACUCUUUAGAAUUCUGAGGAAUUUCUCCAGCCAGAGGAUAGUGAAUCUGUGGAUGUAGAGGCUAGGUCGUUGAGUGUAUUUAAGACAGAGAUAGGUUCUUGAUUAGUAUGGGGAUCAGAGGUGAUGGGAGAAGGCAGGAGAAUGAGGAACACCAGCCACGAUCGAAUGGCAGAGUAGAAUUGAUGGGCUGAAUGGCCUAAUUCUAUUCUGGUAUGUUAUGGUCUUGUAAUAAAAGGGCACUCUGAUGAACGGUGGUGAAUGUUUUCCCAUGACAUCUAAAUCAGCAAAUGAUUAUUAAUGAGGACAAUUGAAAAAUAUUUAAUCGCCCAUUAUACUGAAAAACUCAGCAAUUCCUGUAUGCUGAGGAGGUGAAUAAAGGCAACCUUUAGAGACAGGAAGGCUGCACAUAUAUCAAAUUAUGUUGAAGCGGAUAGCACAAAGGUUAUUUUCGGCAGAAGUUUGGAAUGCUGAGGAUGAUUUGAAGAUGUUAUGUUGAAGCCAGUUAAGGUCAGCCAUUGAUCUGGGUAAAUGUAGUGGUUUUUUUAUUUUCUGAGAUGUUUGUCCCUUUAGGAGAGAUUCUAAGCCUAUAUUUUCAAGAAUUUAGAAGAAUGAAUGGUGGUCUUACUAAAAGGUAAGAAAUUCUGAGGGGGUUUGCUGAGGUAGAUGCCAAGAACCUAAGGGGACUAUCCAGGGAGUCUAAAACUUGUAGCCGCCAAGAAAGACGUCAGCCCUAAAGAGCUGAGAUGAGAAAUUUAUUCACUCGGAUUGUAAUGUAUUGUAAUUCUUCACCCCAGAGAGCUGUGAAUACUCAGUUGUUAAACAUAUUCAGGAUGGAGAUCAAUAGAUUUUUGAAAACAAGGGGAAUCAAGGGAUAUGGACUUAGUACAGGCAGGUGCAUUUGAGGUAAAAAGAUCAGUCAAAAGGCUUGAAAGGUCAUAUCACUGACUAUUGCCAUUGCACAGAAUUAAAAUAAAUCAAUGUUAGAACUGUUGCUGAUGUUAUAAAUUUAUCUAAAAUCUAGGUUGCAAGGAGGUACUGUUUUGAGUUACUCUAUUGUACAAAUACGUAGAAAUAGACCUGAGUUAAUUCCCUAAUAAUAUGUUCAGACCUCUUACAAUGUAAUAAUAACUCAUACUUAUGUAGCACUUUUAACCUGACAAAAUAUCUUAGGACUGUCUCUCUUGACAGAUUCUGCUUCUGUCUGAACUGUUUCAGACUUUGCCCAGAAUGUUAGAUUUUAGCCUUCCAACUUAUUUCUGAGAGAAGUAGUCUGAGGCGAUAGAAGAGGAGGAUGCAGCACUGGAACUUCAGGUUCUUCAUUAUUCAAUUAUAAAACAAAAUAUGACACUGGGGGCCAUGUAAGGAACUAUCAUGUCAAACAACCAAAAGCUUGGCCGAAGUGGUUCAGAGGCAGACAGUGAAGCACUUCUGGGGCUAAGGGAGCAACUGGACUGAU